GGGAGGGCAGAGAAGGGGAGAGAAAGCAGGGGAGGGGAGAGUAGGGGAGGGGAGGGGCGAAAAGUGCCAUUGGAAAGAUAGUUUGUGGCCAGAUGGUGGCUCACACCUAUAAUCCCAGCACUUUGGGACACGGAGGCAGGUGGAUCCCCAGAGGUCAGAAUUUUGAGACCAUUCUGACCAACAUGGUGAAACCCUGUCUUUACUAAAAACACAAAAGAGUUAGCUGGGCAUGCUGGUGAGUGCGCCUGUAAUCCUAGGUAGUCAGGAGGCUGAGACAGGAGAAUCGCUUGAAGCUGGGAGGUGGAGGUUGCAGUGAGCUGAGAUUGUGCCACUUGUACUCUAGCCUGGACAACAGAGCGAGACUGUCUCAAAAAAAAAAGAAAAGAAAAGAUAGUUUGAAGCCAGGCGCAGUGGCUCACGCCUGUAAUCCUAGCACUUUGGGAGGCCAAGGUGGGUGGAUCACCUGAGGCCAGGAGUUCAAGACCAGUCUGGCCAUCAUGGUGAAACCCCAUCUUUAAAAAAAAAGAAAAAGAAAAGAAAAGAUAGUUUGUUACUCAAAUUUCCCCAAAAAAGGGAGUACACUUCCACACAGGAAGCACCCACAGUUGAUGGGCAGGCAGAGGGGGAGGGAGGAGCUGUGGGCGAGGGCCUCUAUUGUGGUUUCCAAGGCUGGGCAGGCCAGGAUUAGGAAUGAAUAAUUAAAGUGGAUUCUGGGGCACAGGCUGUCCCUAGUUGUCUGAUACAUGGCCCUGGAGAGAUUAGGGAGUAGAAGAGCAGAAUAAAGAAUGGGGUUGAGGGGUUUGGGAUUAGUUGGCUUGAGUUUGAAAAGCAUGCUUUUGCUGGUCAGGUGCGGUGGGUGGUGGCUCACCCCUGUAACGUCAGCACUUUGGGAGGCCAAGACAAGCAGAUCACGAUGUCAGGAGAUGAAGACCAUCCUGGCUAACACAAUGAAACCCCAUCUCUACUAAAACCACAAAAAAUUAACCAGGCAUGGUGGCACGCACCUGUAGUCCCAGAUACUCAGGAGGCUGAGGCAGGAGAAUUGCUUGAACUCAGGGGGCAGAGGUUGCAGUGAGCCACUGUACUCCAGCCUGAACGACAGAAUGAGACUCCUCCAUCUCAAAAAAAAAAACAAACAAAAAACAAAAACCCAACAAAACAAAAAAAGCAUGCUUUCAGAAGAGUUAUUUACUAUCAUGGCUGGGUGAGGUGGCUCAUGCUUUCAUCCCAGCACUUUGGGAGGCUGAGUCUGGUGGAUCAUUUGACAUCAGGAGAUGCAGACCAGCUCAGUCAACAUGGUGAAAUCCCACCUCUACUAAAAAUACAAAAAGAAUUAGCCAGUCAUGGUGGCACAUACCUAUAAUCCCAGCUACUCGGGAUGCUGAGGCAGGAAAAUCGCUUGAACUUAGGAGGCAGAGGUCGCAGUGAGUGGAGAUGGUGCCAUUGCACUCCAGGCUGGGCGACAAGAGAGACUCUGUCUCAAAAAAAUAGAGUUAUUUACUAUUUAUAGGGACUGGGUAACCCUGGGAGGGUGAGUCCCUCAAUGGUCGACAAGGCCCCAGAUUACAGAGCAUUGGAAUGCAGAAAAUAAAUGACACGGUUAAUCUACCCUCUGCGGCCAGCACUGAGCAAACAGGUGUCAUCUUUGCAUUUUCACAAUCCUCAGGCCGACUAUGCUUAACUUCAAGUUCCAGAUAAGAAAACCGAGGCACAGUUGGGGGAAGUAACUUGGCUGAAGUCAUGCAGUUAAGAAGAGCAGGAGCUGGGAUUCAAACCCAAGUUCAAAACCACCUCAGUGGCAGGGUGCGGCGGCUCACACCUGUAAUCCCAGCACUUUGGGAGGCCAAGGUGGGUGGAUCACAAGGUCAAGAGAUCGAGACCAUCCUGGUCAACAAGGUGAAACCCCGUCUUUACUAAAAAUACAAAAAUUAGCUGGGCAUGGUGGCUCGUGCCUAUAGUCCCAGCUACUCGGGAGGCUGAGGCAGGAGAAUUGCCUGAACCAAGGAGGCGGAGGUUGCAGUGAGCUGAGAUCGUGCCAUUGCACUCCAGCCUGGGUAACAAGAGUGAAACUCCAUCUCAAAAAAAAAAAAAAAAAAACCACCUCAGCUACUUGGAAUCCUGGCAAAUUAAAAAGGUUGUGACAAUGUCAAUUCCUGGUGAGGAUGCGAAGUCACUGUAAACUCUCUUAAUCUGCUGGUGGAAGCGUAGAUUGGUACAAACACAUGGGGAACCCUGGAAGACUUAGUAAAGCUAAAUGUAUUGUUUCCUUGCCAUCCGGCAGCUCCAUUCCUGGGUGUCUAUCCAGCACAAAUAGACCGAAAGACAUUGACAGAGACGUUCACAGAAGUUUUAUUUGUAAUGGCCAAAGACUGGAGAGCAUCCAAAUGUCUAAUAAUAGGAGAAUGGAGAAACUGAUUAUGAUGCAUUUACACAAUGGAUUACACACAGCUAUGGCCGUGAAUGAAAUAUUGCUGCACACACAUGGAUCACUCUCAUAAUGUUCAACAAAAGAAACAGGCACAGAAGAGGACACAGUUGAAGUUCUAGAGCAGGCAAAAACUAGUUAACGUGAUAGAAGUCAGAAUGAUGAUUCCCUUCAGGGUGCGGAUCGUUGUUAACUGAGGGGAUCUCAGGGGAGAUGGAGGUGUUUUUUUUUUUUUUUUUUUUUUUUUUUGAGACGGAGUUUCCCUCUUGUUACCCAGGCUGGAGUGUGCAAUGGCGCAAUCUCAGCUCACCACAACCUCCACCUCCUGGGUUCAGGCAAUUCUCCUGCCUCAGCCUUCCAAGUAGCUGCGACUACAGGCGUGCGCCACCAUGCCCAGCUAAUUUUUUUGUAUUUUUAGUAGACACAGGGUUUCACCAUGUUGACCAAGAUGGUCUCCAUCUCUUGACCUUGUGAUCCACCCACCUCAGCCUCCCAAAGUGCUGGGAUUACAGGCUUGAGCCACCGUGCCCUGCCGGAGAUGUUCUUUUUUUGAGGUGGAGUCUCGCUCUUUCACCCAGGCUGGAGUGCAGUGGUGAGAUAUUGGCUUACUGCAACCUCUGCCUCCUGGGUUCAAGUGAUUCUCCUGACUUAGCCUCUCCAGUAGUUGGGACUACAGGGACACAUCACCAGCCUCAGCUAAUUUUUGUAUUUUUAGUAGAGAUGGGGUUUCACCAUGUCAGCCAGGCUGGUCUCAAACUCCUGACAGGUGAUCCACCUGCCUUGGCCUCCCAAAGUGUUGGGAUUACAGGCAUGAGCCACUGAGCUCAGCCGAGAUGUUCUAAAUCUUGAUCUGGGUGGAGGUUGCAGAGGUCUGUGUGUCUGUGUACUUGCAUGUGCAGGGGCAUACGUAUGUAUACAUAAAAUCACCAAGCUUGGCUAGGCGCGGUGGCUCACGCCUAUAAUCCCAGCACUUUGGGAGGCUGAGGCGGGUGGAUCACGAGGUCAAGAGAUCGAGACCAUCCUGGUCAACAAGGUGAAACCCCAUCUCUACUAAAAAUACAAAAAUUAUCUGGGCAUGGUGGUGCGCGCCUAUAGUCCCAGCUACUUGGGAGGCUGAGGCAGGAGAAUUGCUUGAACCCAGAAGGCGGAGGUUUCGGUGAGCUGAGAUCGUGCCAUUGCACCCCAGUCUGGGUAACAACAGCGAAACUCUGUUUCAGAAAAAAAAAAAAAAAAAAUCACCAAGCUAUACACUUAAGAUUUAUGUACUUUAUUGUAUGCUACUUGUGCCUCAAUAAAAAAGUAUAUUUCUACCUGCUGUACCUGCAUGUGAAGACGUCUGGGCUCCUGUUCUCAGAUGGCCUUGUGGAGCCAGGACCCUGAUAUUUGGGAAGAUAGGGCCUAGCCAUUGGCCCCAGUUCCGCCCCUCCUUCCUCAGUCAUUAGGCUGAUUUGCAUGCUCUGUUGUGGUCCAGUGGCCUUCCCAGCCCUGUGCCCCAAAGCGCCUGGAGCAUAUAGCUUUGCAGAACUCCUUGCCUGCCUCCCUGCCUCUGGCCAUGGCCUGCUGGUGCCUCAGCCUCCUUCUGAUGGGGACUUUAAUGUCAGCUUCCCAGCCAGUCCUGGCCCAGCCGGAUGCACUGCUGGUCUUCCCAGGCCAAGUGGCUCAACUCUCUUGCACGCUCAGCCCCCAGCACGUCACCAUCGAGGACUACGGUGUGUCCUGGUACCAGCAGCGGGCAGGCAGUGCCCCUCGAUAUCUCCUCUACUACCGCUCAGAGGAGGAUCACCACCGGCCCACUGACAUCCCUGACCGAUUCUCAGCAGCCAAGGAUGAAGCCCACAAUGCCUGUGUCCUCACCAUCAGCCCUGUGCAGCCGGAGGAUGACGCAGAUUACUACUGCUCUGUUGGCUACGGCUCUGGUCCCUAGGGGUGGGGUGUGAGACGAGUGCCUCCCGUCUGCCUCCCAUUUCUGUCCCUGACCUUGGGCCCCUUUUUAACUUUCUGCGAGCCUUGCUUCCCCUCUGUAAAAUGGGUUAAUAACAUUUAACAUGUCAGCAACA